UUUCUCAUUACUCUUCACUCUCAAACUCUGAACCAACCUGCCAGCCUGCCUGCAAUUAAUACCAUUUCUCCUGCAACCCUUUUGUUCAUUUGCAAUGGGCAACUACAGGUUCAGAUUCUCAAACAUCAUACCAAACUCAUGGUUUUACACUUCUACCGCAACUAAAAUUACCAAAACACAACCCAUCACAACUUCAUCUUCUUCAUCAUCUGUAUCAUCACAACCCGCAAUACACCACAGAAAAUCCUAUUAUUUCACUAGAGAGUUAAGUGUACCCGACCCGACGACCACCCCUGUUCAGGAUCCGUCACCACCCGAGAGUCGCGGGCCCAGAAAGUCAUCCAAGAAAAAAAGACCUACUACCCCGAAGAAACCAAUUCGGCGAAAAUUGAUUUCUCCUGAGAUUGAGAUCGUACCGGAGUCUUUUGAAACGGACUCCAUAGCAAUUUUCUCGGAUAACGAAGCUUUGUUGCCCGAACAACCGAGACCUGUUGGUUGUUCGUGCACAACAAAUUCGUUAAACGAGGAGGUUUAUGCGAGAGUUGACCUCCCGCGGAUAAUAACCAAACCUGUCAAACAGGAUGAAUUCGGGUCGGGUAAAUGGGUGGUUAAUGGAGGAAGUCGGGGCCGGGUUGUUAAAGAGGGCCUUAUGGGUAGUCCGGUUAGAAAAGCGAAAGGAAACGGUUACUCACCGCGGUUAGGGAACCGGGUUAAGGUAAAUGGAAUAAGGAGGAGGAACGGGAACCGGCGGAGCUUGUCCGAAAGUUUGGCGGUUGUGAAAACAUCCGCGGAUCCCGGGAGGGAUUUUAAGGAAUCAAUGGUUGAGAUGAUAAUAGAGAACAAUAUUAAGAGUUCAAAAGAUUUGGAAGAUCUUCUUGCAUGUUAUCUUGCAUUGAAUUCUGAUGAGUAUCAUGACUUGAUCAUCAAGGUAUUCAAGCAGAUUUGGUUCGAGUGUACUGAUAUUAGACUGUAGUUGCUCAGUCACUAUGUCAAAUCUUGUUUGCUCAUGUACAUUAUAAAGUAAUUUUAUAAAUAACUAAUUACAUAAUUGCGUUACAAUGAGAUAAA